AUGACAGCGGGAUUGGCUGGAACCACGGAUGUUGCCCGUAUUGAGGCACCCGUAACAGCAAAGGCAUACAUGAUGUGUGCUUUUGCGUCCUUCGGUGGUAUCCUCUUCGGUUAUGAUUCUGGAUAUAUCUCUGGUGUCAUGGGAAUGAACUAUUUCAUUAAUCUAUAUACUGGCAAACCAAUUCCCGGUAUUGGUGCUUCAGCUGCCGAGAAAGCUGCUUUCGUUCUUCCCGCCUCGGAUAAAUCUUUGAUCACAUCUAUUCUCUCUGCCGGUACCUUCUUUGGUGCUAUCAUGGCCGGUGACAUGGCUGAUUGGAUUGGUCGCCGAACUACUGUCAUCCUCGGAUGUAUCAUCUUCAUCAUCGGUGUCAUCUUGCAAACUGCUUCUACCGGUCUUGGUCUUCUCGUCGCUGGUCGUUUGGUCGCUGGUUUCGGUGUUGGUUUCGUCUCCGCUACCAUCAUUCUUUAUAUGUCCGAGAUUUGCCCCAAGAAGGUUCGUGGUGCUUUAGUUUCUGGUUACCAGUUCUGCGUUACCAUCGGUCUUCUCCUCGCAUCUUGUGUCGAUUAUGGUACCCAAAACCGUCUCGAUACCGGUUCCUACAGAAUUCCAAUUGGUCUUCAAAUGGCAUGGGCUCUUAUCUUAGGUGGUGGUCUCUUCUUCCUCCCUGAAUCCCCAAGAUAUUACGUCAAGAAGGGCAAGCUCGACCAGGCCGCUUCCAACCUUGCUCGUCUCAGAGGUGAACCAGAAGGAAGCGAUUACGUUCAACAAGAACUUACUGAGAUCAUCGCCAACCAUGAAUACGAAAUGUCCGUCAUUCCCCAAACCGGUUACUUUGGCUCAUGGAUGAACUGCUUCAAGGGAGGACUCAGCAACCCAGGCUCCAACCUCCGCAGAACCAUCCUCGGUACUUCCCUUCAGAUGAUGCAACAGUGGACCGGUGUUAACUUCAUCUUCUACUUCGGUACUACCUUCUUCCAAGCUCUCGGCACGAUCAAAAACCCUUUCCUUAUCGGUUUGAUCACCACCCUCGUCAACGUCUGCUCCACUCCAAUCUCUUUCUACACCGUUGAACGUUUCGGUCGUCGUACAAUCCUCAUCUGGGGUGCCCUCGGUAUGUUAAUCUGCGAGUUCAUCGUCGCUAUCAUCGGUGUUACCGCUGGUCGUUCAUCCCAACACAACACCUCUGCCGUUUCCGCCAUGAUCGCAUUCAUCUGUAUCUACAUCUCUUUCUUCGCCUCCACUUGGGGACCUGGAGCUUGGGUUGUUAUUGGUGAAGUUUUCCCUCUCCCAAUCAGAUCCCGUGGUGUUGGACUCUCCACUGCCUCCAACUGGCUCUGGAACUGUAUCAUUGCCGUCAUCACUCCUUACCUCGUCGGUACCGAAUCUGGCCAAGCAAACUUGGGUGCCAAGGUCUUCUUCCUCUGGGGUUCCCUCUGCACAUGUUGUUUGGUCUAUGCUUAUUUCCUUGUUCCCGAAACCAAGGGUCUUUCCCUCGAGCAAGUCGACCGCAUGUUGGAAGAGACUACCCCACGUAACUCCGCCAAAUGGGUUCCUCACUCUACCUAUGCCGCUGAUAUGGGCAUGACCGACAAGACUGGUGUUGAGCAUGUUCAACACGCUGAACAUGGAGCUCAAAAGCUCGAGGUUUAG